AUGGAAGAAUGGCAACAACAUGACCUGGAUCUGUGUGAGGUCCCAGGACGAUUGAAUGAAUCGCUGUUUUGUUAUACGCACGUUUUCAACUACCAACGAUUGGACGUCGAAGUAUUGAGCGAAGAUCCUAUUCUUAUUAUCUAUCGCAACUUUGCUCCACAAAAUUUCGUUGCAGAUUUCAUAUCAGACGCCAGGAGGAGGAUAUUCACAACACAGGAAGUAGUAGACCGUACCCAGAAUAAACCGGAUGCCUACACGGAGCGUAAAUCUAGAAUCGUCAGCGGCGCAUGGAUUGAACAUGAAGAUACCAUUUCAAUUGCCAGAAUGUUCAGAUUUUUGAAGACAAUGCUGCCAUUCGUGAACGUUGAUAAUAGUGAAAUGUGGCAGGAAGUAGUAGACCGUACUCAGAAUAAACAGGAUGCCUACACGAAACGUCCAUCUAGAAUCGUCAGUGGCGCAUGGAUUGAACAUGAAGAUACCAUUUCAAUUGCCAGAAUGUUCAGAUUUUUGAAGACAAUGCUGCCAUUCGUGAACGUUGAUAAUAGUGAAAUGUGGCAGGUUCUCUCCUACCAUCCUGGUAAUCACUACGCACCUCACUAUGACUACAUCCCAGAACAAUAUGAUUCAUUUGUGAAGAAGAUUGGAAAUCGAUUCGCAACAUUUCUUCUGAUGCUUCCAGCCGGCAGAACCGUCUUCCCAGAUUUACAAACAACAGUGAUGCUGUCAGCUGGAGAUGCAGUUUUCUGGACUAAUAUGGAAGCUAAUGGCGAAGUGCUAGCGAUGGCAGCGAAUCCGGCCAUCCAGCAAGCGGACGUGAAUCGCUCGGAGGAAGCGGGUCAUGCGAUAUAA